AUGGCUCCAGACAAAUCAAAGAAGGAAAAAAGUAGAUCUGCAAAAGGAGGAAAGCUAAAAGAUGAAAAGGCUUCUUCAUCCAAAGUGGAUAAAAAGGGACAGCCGGCGGUGAAAUCAAAACUGAGAGCGACAACACCUCAAAGUGCAGGACGGAGCACAGAGUGUGAGGAGGACAGCUCUAGAGAGGAAACCAAAACGAAGACAAAGAGCAUCCAGGGGAUAACACGCAGGCCUACAUCUAAAGGUGAGACCAGAAAAAGUGAGGACCAGCAGAAAAAAGCAGCAUGUAAACCCAGUAUAAAGGGAUCAGCAAAGGUUUCAAAUAGGAAAAAUGACAAGAAGAUAACCAGUAGCAAUAAGAAAAAAGAAGAUGUCGGACAAUUAAAGGAUAAAUUAGGUUCGUCUAAGCAAAAGAGGACAUUAUCACAGGUGCCUGAUGGGAAGAGGUUUCUGUCAAGCCCAUCUGAAAGUGGCAGUGAAGCCAAUCCUAUCAAAUCGCAUCAGUUAAAGAGUAACGAUAAAGCACUGGGAAAAAGAAGCACACAGAAAUCUGAGAAAGGGAAUGCAACACAGCGCAACCUAAACAAAGGACUGAGCAAUAAAGAAAAUCUGACUGAUUCAGGGGACGAACAAUCGGACGAGGAUGUGACAGACCUGACGCGGACAGAAGAAAGUUCAGGAGAAGACAGUGACCUCACUAGGGAUGAUGCAAAAGAAAAAGGCUGUGAAACUGAGCACAGUGACUCUGAAAGUGUGGAAUCUAAUACAGGGGGAGAAGAAAGUGAGGAAAACCAAGAUCAGUCAAUUAGUCGAAGUAAAGAAGAAAACCGUGCACAUUCAGAAGGUACAGAGGAGACAUCAAGUUCUGGUGAUGAAGAGGAGGAGCAGGGUCGUGCAAGUAAUGGCACUAAGAAGGACUUGCUCAAGUCGCCAGAAAUUAAGAAAACAAAGAGUGUGACAUCUGAGUCAGAGGAUGAAGGUAGUGACUGCGCCAGCGGAAGUGACAAAGUGCAGGAGAGAAAGUCUGACAACAAGCUGUCGCCGAGAAAAUCCGAAGCUACUAUAAAAUUAAAGAGUAAAAUAUUAGCAGGGGUGAAGGUCAAACCGAGGACUGAGCCAAAAAAAGAAACUGAGAGAAUGACAAAGAUGUCUGAUGAGGAGUCUCUGUCUGCAUCCACACUUAAAGCCAAAAGCAAAAUGAAUGUAACAAAAUUAGCAAAAUUCGCCAGUAAGACUGGUAGUGCCACAGACAAGGCUGUCAAUGCUAGGGAGAAAAGGCAGCAACAUGAUUUUCUAACAAAUCAAACUCGGAUUGUCAUGACCCUUAAGAUGAAGCAAAAAAUGGCCAAAGCUAAACUAAAAUCGAAUGCGAACUCUGAGCAGCCCGACGGGACGGAAGAAAUGGAGACCGUGGCAGGAAAUGCCUCCUAUGGGAGCAUUACGUCAAAAAACAACCCCAAUUCUGAGGAAGAUGAUUCGUCUGAACCUGAUGAAAGCCUCAAAAAAGAGGCGCAUGAAGAAAAGAAAAUACGAUCAAAUCAAAACCUUGACCUCGUUAUUGGUAAGAUGAAGUCAGCUGGGCGUCAGUCCCGGGCGAAGUCUGAGAAAAUGACGGAAGACUUAUCUGAACGUGCUUCUGGCAAUUGCAAAAGUGAAUAUCGAAGAAAAGUCACCAGGUUACAGCGUGUCACGGCCUGGUUCCAUCGCAGAAUACCUAAAACACUAAAUCUGAGAGCCAGGCUGGCAGCGGUGGGUGAAGCAAUUAGCUUUUCUGGUUGGAUUGCGAAAAAGCUGGAAAAAAGAAAAAAACAAAAAAUGCGUAGGAGAAUGGCAAUCCGGCUGGCCAGCACCGCUGGAAUGGUAAAAAAGAAAACCAACGAGCAGCCUAAAAAUCCAGAUUUGAAAAAAAAGACCAACAGAUGGGCUAAAAACAUUAGAAAUAAAAUGAGGGGGGCCACAGCAAUGCUUGCAAAAGAUUCCAUCAAGCUGCUGGAACAUCAAGAGGAUGGCGAGUCGUUUGAUUCUCCUGCUGAUGAUCACAAUGGACCUUCCCUACAGCUGAACUCGGACAGCCUUAGUGAGCCAGAAGAAAAACGUAGUUCUGUUGAUGCAAAAUAUGCAAUUGUGCUGCCUCGGGUGCAUAGGAUUGUCAAAUCAAGGGGGACAUCUUCAGAGAGCCACAGCCCCAGGGUCUCCCCAAAGCCGCCUUCCAGCAUGCGUGUUAAUGGUCGAUCUGAAGUAACGGAGAAAACAAAAUCUCCUUCUCUUAAAAAGAAUACUAAAAACUUUGAGAGCUCAGUAAGGAGGAGUUCCUCCUCUUCAGCGGGCCAAGGAGUCAAAAGUGAAAAUGACCGUUUACUUUACAAAGGCAUGUCAUCUCAAUCAUCGGGAUUUUUUCCAUUUGUGAACUCUAGAAAUAAGCAAAGCAGAAACCGAGUGGAGACUGGAAAAAGUCGGACAAACCUAGAGGAUAAGGCAUGCGGUCGAUGGCUCUCAUCUGAUGACCGGGAAAAUGGGAAAAUGUUCAGGGAUAACUUGUUGGAGUCGCCUUAUUAUGAAACAGAAGAAGAUCGUGAGGUGGCACAAUUCUUAGACGGGCAGAUGUAUGAAAACAACAUGGAGGUGCACUGGGCCCAGAGUCGCUCUUUGCACUGUGACCCAGUGGGCUGGCUGAAAUCGGAGACCUUACUCCCUCAUCCAACUGUUGAGAAGCUGAGCAAGUGGACAAUGUACAAGGAAGCUGAUUGGCCUCAGCAUCAGCAUCAAGGCUCUGGAGGUCGAUGGGAGACAGAAGACACAGUGGAGGGAGAUUUGGAGUUGGAUCUUACACACAGACAGGUCCAUGUGGAUGGUAGGAGACUUUCUGUGGAAGUAGACGAAGUGGAAGAUCUCUGUUUACUUGAAGAGGUGUGUGAGAGUGCCGUGCUUCUCAAUUUGAAGAAGAGGUUCCACAGGGACUGCAUUUAUACCUAUAUUGGGAAUCUUCUGCUUUCUGUGAACCCUUUCAAGAAGCUGGGUAUUUACACGGAUGAAAUCAGAGAAAUCUAUCAGGGACAGAUGCUCUCUCUUAAUCCCCCGCAUAUCUUUGCUAUAGCUGAUACAGUAUACUGUCAGUCCCAGACUUCUGAUCAGCAGAUGUGUAUUAUAAUCAGUGGGCAAAGUGGCUCCGGCAAGACUGAGGCAGCCAAAAUGAUUAUACAGUAUGUAAGCAAAAUUUAUCAAGAGCAAGAUGUCAUUCACCAGCCCACUGAAAUUUUUUCCAUUCUUGAGAGUUUUGGAAAUGCCAAGACAAUCCUAAAUGACAAUUCUAGCCGCUUUGGGAAAUAUCUGCACAUUCAUAUAUUGAAUGGUGUUUUGGUGGGAUCAUCACUGUCACAGUAUCUUCUAGAGAAGUCUAGGGUGGUAUUCCAGGCAAGGGGGGAGAGAAACUUCCACAUAUUUUAUGAAAUGCUCACUGGAUUGAAUGAACAGCAGAAACAAAAGCUCUACCUUCAAGAGGCAGAAACCUAUUUCUACCUUAACCAGGGCGGAGAGUGUGAGUUGGAGGGCAAAAAUGAUCAAGAAGAUUUUCUAGUGCUACUUAAAUGUUUUGAGAUCAUCAACUUGUCUGAAGAUCACUUGAAUAGUAUCUGGAUCAUACUGUCUUCAGUCCUACAGCUUGGAAACAUCUGCUUUAGUUCUGUUGAGUGCAUGUCUUCUGAAGCAGCAACAAUCUUCAGUGAUACAGAAGCACGGAUUGUGGGAAGCUUGUUGCAGGUCUCAGUGGAGACCCUGAAGAAGGUCAUUACAUAUCGUGUCACGGAAACAUCUUAUGACAAAAUUUAUUGCCCUCUGUCAGUUGAAAGUGCCAUAGAUGCCAGGGAUGCAAUCACCAAGGCUCUGUACUCCGUGCUCUUUAACUGGUUGAUAGACCGCAUUAAUGAAUGGCUGGCUCCUAAAGUGAUGGACAGCACUGUGGGGAUAGUGGACAUCUAUGGCUUUGAGGAUCUGGAGGUGAACAGCUUUGAGCAGCUUUGUAUAAAUUACGCUAAUGAGCAGCUUCAGCAGUUUGUCAACAAGGCACUAAUCGCACAGGAGCAGGAAGAAUAUUUGGUCGAACAGAUUCAAUGGUUUCCCUUUUGCCUCCUCAACUGCCAGUCCUGUGUGGAACUGAUUUCUGGAAGACCACAUGGAAUUUUGAGAAUCUUGGAUGAUCAGACCAGUCUGCCUCAAGCAACAGACCACACGUUUCUACAGAAGUGCCAUUAUCAUCAUGGUAGCAAUUCAUUCUACACCAAACCUAAAAUCCCCCUGCCAGUAUUCACUUUACAUCAUUAUGCUGGAUCAGUCACUUACCAGGUACACAACUUCCUAAAUAAAAAUCAUGAUCAACUGCGCCCUGAAGUAGUUGAUAUGUUCGUUCAAAGUCGUCUGAAGGUGGUUUCUCACAUGUUUGAAAAUGUUCAAGAAGGUUACAAUCUGCAGAGGAAACUAGAAUCAAGAGAAAAAGGCUGUCGUCCGUCUGCAACAGUAGCAGCCAGGUUUCAGCAGUCACUUUCAGAACUCAUUGCCCGCCUUCAAAAGUGUAAAACAUUAUUUGUGCGCUGCCUAAAACCAAACCCAAAAAAGUUGCCUGGUAUUUUUGAUGCUGAUUAUGUGAAUUUACAAUUAAGACACUCUGGGAUUCUUGAGACGAUUUACAUUAGGAAAGAGGGAUACCCAAUUAGAAUUCCUUUCAAAUCAUUUAUUAAAAGAUACUCUGCUUUUCUGGGAAAAGAAUACUUGCACCUUCCUGAUACAGAAAAGUGUUCUACUAUUUUACAAACAUUUGCUGGACCAGCUCCAGAGCUUUACCAGCUGGGUGUAUCCAAGGUGUUCCUGAAGGAUACGCUAUACCAGCUAUUGGAAGACCAGUGGAGAGAUACCCAGACAUGGGCUGCUGUCACUAUCCAGAGGAACAUUCGAGGCUUCAUCACCCGAAAAAAUUUAAGGUUCUUCAAGCAAAAGGCUAUUAUCAUUCAGGCACACGUGCGUGGAUAUCGAAUUAAAGAUUUCAAGAUUGUGUAUUCAGUUGUUUGCCUCAAAAGUAGCCAGAAAAAUAAAUUGACACACCGUGAUAGUUUGGCCAGAAGAGGCCAGCCUGAAUUAGCAGGAAUGGAUGUGAGCUUCCUAGACAUCCCAUCUGAGCUCUCAGUUGUCAUACGUAAUGCAGAGGGCCAGCAUCAUGAAUUCAAAUCCAGGGUUAUUGAAGUGGCUCCUCCAAACGUUAAAGACCGGUCCUGUGUGUCUCUGCCUUCUGAUAUCAACAACCAUUCUUUUUCCAAAUAUGUUAAUACACACCUCCAGGAGGGCUGGAAACAGCCAACCGAUGUCGUAUUACAAAGACCAAUUACCAAUUUGGAUGCUGAAGAUUCGCAAGCAGCACUGGAUAUCUGCAAGUUGAUUCUGAGAUUUAUAUGUGACUAUGAAAUUCAAGACUGGAAGGAACUAAUAUUACUGAAGUACAUCAUUCAGAGAGGACUGUACAGGCCACCCCUUCGAAAUGAGAUCUUAUGUCAGCUUGCCCACCAAACCUUGGACAGACAGGGUGAUGAAAGAUGCCAAAGAGCAUGGCUACUGUUUGCGUCCUGCUUGGGAUCUUUUAUGCCAUCGCCCAAUCUUGAAAAACCAUUGCUCAAGUAUGUAUCUGACAAAGGCUUUGGUGAUUACAAAGCAAUAUGCCAACACAAGAUAUUAAAUGGCCUGCAACAAGGACCGGAGGCAGCACGAAACUACCCAUCUACUCAGAUGGAAUGGAUAGCUAACCAGAGGAAAGGCAAGAUGGUCCUGGAUGUACAGACUUACACUGAUGAGACCUUUUCUGUUGAAGUGGACUCCUGGACAACAGGGGAGUCAUUAGCAGCUUGCAUCCUUAAUUUCAGUGGACUUGCAGAAGCUCAGAGAGGCUGGACAGUGUCUAUGUUCACUGGGGAAGAGUGGACAGACCUGGUGGGCUGUGACUAUGUGCUGGAUCUGAUUGGAAAAAAUGAAGCUCUUCACCUUAUGUCAAAUUCAAAGAAGGAUUACCUCUUCGGUUCUGAUAAUGGCAUGUCAGUCAGUGAUUUCCAAGGAAGUCUAAUCCCACCUGCUCCAAGUAUGCAAGCCCCAGGCCUUCCCUUUUCCAAAAAUUAUUCACUUGAUGCCACUCCUUUAUAUUCUGUCCACAAAGAUUCACCAUCUAGACGAUGUCCUCCGGCUGAGUAUGACUCAUUUGUAGAUAAUCUUUUUGAUCCCGUCUUGGACCGUGGAAGCUCUGAGAUGGAGCGGGUCAAUAUGCUGUCUCGAAGGAUGAAAGGAGGCGGUGGAGUGGGUCCCAUGCAGUCAGGCCCAUUUUCUGCCACAGGAGUUCCAGUGAUGCAGAGCUACCCAAUGGGCAUGCCAGGUAUGGCACAGAUGCCCUCCUAUCCCACAAUGCCUUUAAUGGGAGGAAUGAUGCCAGUUAUGCCUAACAUGCCAGUAAUGUCACCAAUGGGCACUAUGCCAUCAAUGAUGAUGCCUGCAGCCAAUCCUGUCGUCCCAGCCCUCAGUCCCCAGGAGGUGGCAGCACAACAACAAGCUUUUAUAAACCAGCAAGCUGCUAUUCUGGCUCAGCAAAUGACACUCCAGGCCUUGACACUAUCUCAACAGCAGCAGAAAAAUCAGAUUGAAAACAAAGCUCCACCUGUGGCUCCCAAACCAAACAUUUCUCCAGAAACACCUAGCCAUCAAGAGCCAUCCUCCGAUCCUGUUUCAAUGCAGAACUCUGUGCCCAAACCAGUCCCACCCAGAACCCCAUCAAUUCAGGACAAUCGUGAGGUAAAAGUUCAAGAUUUCAAGCCGAUGGAAUCAUUUCAACAGAAAAUGGAGUUUUUUCAAAAAAUUGGCUCUGAGGAAGUUCAUGUGAAGAAGCUAAACCCGCCAUCUAAAAUUCAGCUUCCUAAAGCAGAUAAUCCUGUCAAAGAUGUGGAAUCUGAUCUGAAUUACACAGAAGAGAGACAAGCAAAUGAUGAGGCAGCAGGAAAUGCUACCAGACAGAAACCUGAGGAGGAAAAAGAAGAGAUUGCAAAUAAGAAAGGAGACCAAAGCCCUGAUGCUCAAACACCUUUCAGGUCCACUUCUCCAACUGAUAAGAAUAAAGGUGAACCUACUCGUGAAAUCCGGGACAUCAUCAAACAGUACCAAAGUCGACCAGCCCCUGACCUACAACCUUAUAAACCUGUACGGAUUCCUGCCAAAGUGUUUCUAAAGAAAAAUGACCCAAAGGAGGAAGCCCUGGCAAUUUUAAGCAUACAAGGCCCAGCUGUGUCCCCAGAGGUAAGCCAGAAAGUAAGGAAGGUGGCACUGAGACAAACCUUGCAUCUUCAUAAGUGUAGAAGUACGGCUGUAUUGAUUAAAAUAACAAAAAAAAAUUGCAGACUAAUGAUGUAUUUUCAAAGCACUGAAGUAAUUAAAGAUUCUCUUAAUAAGGUAAUGCCUCCUACUAUGCCAAAAGUAGAGAAAAAGAAGCACAAGCCCGUCCCUGUACAAAAUCCGGUUGUUCUACCACCUCCACCCCCACCCAUGAAGCCUGCUGCUAGGGGCCCCAGGUCCAUUUCUAGCAAUAUGCAACAGAAACAACGCUCUCUAGCUGAUCUUUUCAAUCAGACUCCUGUGGCACAUCCAUCUUCUAUACGGAAACAACCUCCUGUAACAAACCCUCCUGUUCCUCAACCCCCUGCUCCUCCAAAAUCAUCUCCUCAACCUUUGUUUCCUCCUCCACCAUCCAAAACAGCGGCUGCUGAAAACUGUGUUCCAGUUGAUGACUGCAAUAUAAAAACUCAGCUACACAAGUUGUCAUCCAGUGUCUACUUCUCCUACAAUAAUAAGCCUUCCAGGUUAUUUCUUCGCAAAGAGGUAUUUUACCCCAGGGAGAAGUUUAACUACCCUUAUAUCCUGUCCCUUCUGUGUGAACAGGUCAUGAGAGACACCUAUUCUGAUUCCUGCUUUCGCAUUACUAGAGAAGAGCGUCGCAAGAUGAGAGAUCUGCUGGCUCAGUUUCAUGUGGGGACCAGUAUGAAGACAGUCCCAGAUGAGAGUAUUAAGAGGAGGAUUGUCCUGGCAGCACGGGAUAACUGGGCCAACUACUUCACCCGCCUGUUCCCUGUAAUUGUAGCAAAUGGGACCGACCAACAAGUACUGGGAGUCUCCCAUCGAGGAAUUCGGCUCCUGAGAGUGACAGAGGCGAGUGGCAUGAACCCCAAACACUUAAAAAUUUUACGCAGUUAUAGUUUUGCUGAUAUCCUGUCAGUAGAACUGUUUGAUAAAUACACUUUGGAAUUCACCUUUAAAAGUGACCAGCUUCAGGUAGACUCCACACAGGCUUGGAAAAUCAAAGAAUUGGUUGAACUGUUUUUGUCUGAUCUUCGUAAGGAUUCUGAUCAUGUCAUAGCCUUGAAGAGCUUUGUCACUGACGACAAGAGCUUACUGUCAUUCCGAAAGGGAGAUAUCAUCAGGAUGCUGCACAUCAAUGGCCUGCAGCCAGGUUGGCACUUUGGUUCUAUUGGUGGCCGCUCAGGGCUAUUUCCUUCAGGAUUAACCCAACCUACAGCACCACCUGAUUAUUAUGGUAUACAUCUUGAUCGCCGUGAAGAACUCCGGAGAAGCAGAAGAUCAGAAUAUACUAAAGAGCAAGAGGGAAAGCCUGAACAAACAAAGGAUGUAGGGGAGGAUACGGCAUUCAGAAACCCAGACGACUCUGUAACUGAGACCAGUGUGUUUAGCAUGACUGAGUUUGCAAUGAAAUACUUCAGAGAAGUAGCAACCAAGUUAGGAUGGAAAGGUAUGAGUGCAGAGGGUCGCAGCUCAGCUGAAAUGGUCCAGCAUAGUAAGGUUCCUAUUCAAGAGUCACUUAUUUUGUACUUGGAUGGAGAACUGAAUGAGCUUGCUGCACAAAAUUUCAUGAAUGUGAUGCGGUUCAUGGGUGACCAACCAACAGUGAAGCAUCAGUCAAUGAUGGACUGUGUGUAUAGCAUUCUUCAGCUUGGCAAAGAGAAAGAGAGCCUCAGGGAUGAAAUCUACUGCCAGCUGAUCAAGCAAGUGACAUCAAACCCACGGCAACAGAGCAGCAGCCAAGGUUGGAGACUCCUGUAUUUCAUUACAGGAAUUUUUGCAUGCUCAGAAAAUCUGUGGCCAUAUGUUACCCGGUAUCUACGGGAUGUUUCACAUGAUCAGAGUUUGCAAGCAAUUGCCUCCAUGUGUGAAGAAAACCUACAACAAUCACAGAUAUAUGGCGGGCGCAGACAUCUUCCCACUCCGCUAGAAAUUGAAGCUUUUUUGAAUGGGGAAACUUCAAGAGGUAUCACUAUUUAUCUUCCUGGCAAAGUAGAGCAUACCCACAAGAUCCACAUGUUCAGUGUUGCAAAUGAGAUGUUGACAGAACUCUGUAGACAGAUGGGAGUUAUUCAGCCCUUUGAGAUUAAAGAAUUUUGCAUCUGUGCCAACUAUAAACAAGGACAGACUGUGCGACCCAUUAGACCAGAUGAAUAUCUAAUGGAUUUCAUAGUAGAUGACAAUUCAGUCACAUUAGGGUUUCAGCGUGUCAUCUGGAAAGAACCUCUACACUUUGACAGUGAUCUUUACUUGGAAGUUCAUUAUAGACAGGUCCUGAGUGACUACCUGGAAGGUAAGCUGCUUUUGAACACCAGUGACUCGUAUGAGCAAGAAGCUGCAGUACUGGCAGCCCUACAGCAUUGCACCAAAGGCUCCAAUUCAGAGCCCUCAAUCUCUCAUAGAUGUGGACAAAUCACGCGCACACAUACACCCAAAGUCAGCUCAUUGCCACUCUUUGGGUGUAACGUGUUCCUGGUGCACAAAGUGAGCCCUCAGAAAAUUGAUGCUCCCUGCCUCGUUGCUGUUAAUCAAGUCAAUAUUUUCGUAGUAGACAGACAGACACAGUGCGAGUGUGUGCCAGCAUAUGGGCAGAUCGUGUGA